AUGUUUACUCGAGAACCUAGAAGCACGGUGUGCCCGUUGUGUUGCCUGCGGCACAAUUUGAAGGCGUUUCAUGAUGAAGCUGCAUACGUUUUUAAUUUGACGAACAAAUUCUGUUCCAGGAGCCGCCGAAAAUCCCGCUGGAAGUUGAAGUUCCACCACCAGGCUCUGCCACCCGAAUACCUGGACCACUACGAGGCGUCUCUGUCGAAACAAACCCUCGCGAACGCAGCAGCAAUGAAGGCCAAAUCCGCAUCAAAUUCAUUAUCAUCCUCGAGCAGCUCCGGGCCCAUGGGCGUCGGGGGUGUCAAAAUGAUGAGUGCGAAAAAGCCAGAUUCCUGUCAAGUCCGCUACACGGACCUACCAUACAUGGGAGAAAUGACUCUGGAUAACGCCAGACCACGACGCGGACGAAAGCCCAAAAAAGCCGACAUCUGCCAUUUGAUCUACAAGAACUACGGAACGACCAUUUUGGAUGAAGAACCGCUCAACUUGUGUCUCAGGGACCUGAACCACUCAAACUCCACGGCUCCGUCCAAGGUCCAUCCUCAACCGAGCCCCGUAAAGCCUUGUGAUAUUUAUAACGGCAUCAAUUUGUCACCCGGAAUGAGGAAUUUCCCCGGAUUUCAUAUCCCCGAGCCUCAGUCCACCGGUCCAUGCCCUAGUAAUAACGAAGUCUCAAUGUGCAAGUUCAAAUUCACCGGUGGCCCCGUGCCGAUUUUACAGGAGAAAAAAAUGCUCUCUGUAGAUUUCACGGGGAACUUGAAAUAUAGCCUCGGCAACAGUGAGCCGUUCAAAUGCAAUCAGAAUAGGUUUGUAAAUAAUGUUACGACACCCAGUGUAAACAAUACUUCUAUGAAUAUAAACAAGAGGAAGAGUAGGAAAUCACUGGCCAGAGAAAAAUUGGAGAAGACGUUCAAGGAGAAAGGCUUCUUGAUACAAACGCAACAGCUGGAAUCUGACCAGGGUGCGACUUACUGUAAAUUUAGACAAUUAAGGAAAUUCACCAGGUACUUAUUCAGAAGCUGGAAACACCAUUUGCCCGGGGAGGUGAUGGAUAAUACUACCCCUCUAAACACCGAUCCAACGUAGGUUAUAUUCAAUUUUUCAAAAAUUGUAUUUAUAUGUAUUGUAUACUUUCAUAAUGAUCCUUUUUGAUUGAGUUACCUGUAUGCAAACACAAACUUUUAAGUAGCAGCCGAGCUAAUGUUUGAAAAAGUAUAUUUUCUAUGGAAAGACACAGAAUUAUGAUCCGCAAAUUAUUAUUGAGGCCUCCGGUGGAUGAAGAGAUACAACCAGUCCUAAAAAAAAUAAAAAAAAAUGAUGUGUCAGUGAUUUUUAUUAUUUUGAAUUCAACUUUGCUAAAAAUAAAUAUUGCUGUUAUCAAUUCAAUUUUCAGCGCCUCGUUUCAGUUUAUUGAUCAUAAAACUCAUUGUAUGAGUAAUUUGAACUUUUAAACUUGUUUGUAUCCCUCAUUCACCGGAAAA